AUGUCGUUCAACAUACUUACACCUAAGGACAAGGAAGUGAUCAACAGCACAAUCGGGUUCGCCUCAGAAGCCGUAGCGGCUCUAGUCGCCGACACUCAGGAAAUCGCGUCGAUCGCCGGCGAAACUAUCUCCGACGCCUACAACGCCGUCGUCGGCAACGAUGUCGCCAACAAGGCAGGUGAACUGUCAAACAUUCGAGUUGAGAAAAGCUUUUUCUUCACUUCAAUGAGUCGGAUUCCACCUUUUUUUAAAAUUACGUUAGACAAAGUAACUAAAACCAUCUCGUCUUUUUAUUAAAAUUAAAUCUGUUUCAGGCCGAUGCUGAAGAAAAUCUAGUAGAGGAAAAAUGGGAAACAUUCAAAAAAACGGCUGAUGAGAAACGCGAAAUUGCGACCGGAAUAAUCGAAGAGCUGAGAGAGAAACAAGGAGAACAAAUGGACGAUUCUGAGGCCGAACAUCUGAAGGAAGAAGCUCAGAACAUUGCGACACAAGACGAAACGGCCAACAAGGUCGUCCUCGACGGAAUCGCCGUUCAAGGGCUCGAAAUCCAAGUACCUGCCAUUGCUGAUGUUGUUUCAAAUUAA